AUGGUCUUCCGUGUGUACAUGCUCGCUGCCAAGGCACCCGGCAUCACCCUCGAAGAAUUCAAGGACCACUGGGAUAACAAGCACCUCAACCUGCUUAAGGAAAUUGCCGGAGACGCCUACCCCGACGUCCACGUCCACCGCUACCCAGAAAAGGUCCAGGGCCCUGCGGAAGCCCACUACGAUGGCAUCGGCUACCUAGAAUUCAAGGACAGGGCGGGAUUCUUGAGGUUAAAGGAGAUUGCGGAGAAGCCGGAGAACCAGGCAAGGUUGGAUAAGGAUGAGAGGACAUUUUUGGAUAAGACUAAGAUCCAAAUGUACGUGGUGGAUGAUGAGGAAUGA